UGGAGCGCAGCGACGCGGAGGAACUAUGCGAGGAUUAUUAUAGGACGUUUCCAACAGCAGAAUAUGGAUUUUGAUGAACGGAUCUCUGGCUCCAAUAUGUAUUUACCGAGCUGCACUUACUACGUCUCCGGAGCAGAGUUCUCGGGUCUCCCUCAUUAUUUAACCCAGAGCCAGUCCUCUUGCCCCAUGACAUACUCGUACCAGUCCUCAGCGCUGCCACAGGUCCCGUCCGUGAGAGAUGUGGCUUUCAGAGACUAUGGCAUUGAUACUUCAAGUAAAUGGCACCACAGCAGGGGGAGCCUGUCACACUGCUACGCUGAGGACAUCGUGCACAGGGACAGCUGGUCGAGCCCAGCCUCACGGGGGGGAGAGAUCCUGGUGAAAGGCGGCUCCGGCGUCAGCCACUCCAGCUCCUCCAACCCGGCGCCGGGCUUCUACGGCAGCGUUGGCAGGAACGGGGUCCUGCCGCAGGCUUUCGACCAGUUCUUCGACACGGCCUACGGGAGCGCAGAGAACAGCACAACGCCGACAGCACAGGCGCCGGACACGGACAGACACGCCAAGGCGAGCCCCGCUCCUGCGCACUCGGGCUCGGACACGGCGGAGAGCUGCAGCCCCAAGUCGUCCUCCGGCCACAGCGAGGAGAAGCAGAGCAAAAGCAGCAGUGGCCAAAGGACACGCAAGAAGAGGUGUCCAUACUCCAAGUAUCAGAUCAGGGAACUCGAGAGGGAAUUCUUUUUCAGCGUUUACAUCAACAAGGAGAAGCGUCUGCAGCUCUCACGGAUGCUCAACCUGACAGAUCGCCAGGUCAAAAUUUGGUUUCAAAACAGGAGGAUGAAGGAGAAGAAACUGAACAGAGACCGUUUACAGUACUACACCACAAACCCCCUGCUAUAAAAAAAGAAAAAAAAAAAGAAAAAAAAAACUGAACAAAGACUGCGGCCACUCACCCCCUCACAUCUAUAUCAUUACCUGAGCAGGAGGACGGGUUUUUCUAAUGUACCAGACUCCAUAAAGAAUUCUACUAUUCAUAUAUUAUUUUGUCAUUAAACACAAUUGGCUCUGUUAUUAUUAUUAUUAUUAUUAUUAUUAUUAUUAUUAUUAUUAUUAUUAUUAUUAUUAUUAUUGCUUGACAACAAUUUUCCAAAUUUGAAAGCACAGUGAUUGCGUAUUUGGGGUGUUUACGCACCAAACCACAUGUGUCUGAAUUCCCUUUAUAUUAUUUAACAAUACACACCGAGAUUACGAUACUGCAUUUUCAACAAAAAAUAAUAUGAUUUUUCUUCCUUAAAAUUAAACUUUAUUUCCCAAAUUCA